GAGGAGGGGAGCCAGUGGCCAAAGAGAGAGAGAGGGGAGUGUGAGUAAGUGGGCGAGCGGAGAGAUCAGAAAGAAAAGAGAAGAAAAGAAAAAAAAAGAAAAAGCGGGAGGACCCAGAGGAACCUGUCAGUGAGCGCUGGGAGUUUGCUGGAGAAGGAGUGAUCGGAGGAACAGACGUGGAGGAUGGUGCCACAGCUCUCUCCUCGACUCAGGAGGGCCAGAGUUAAGUCUUGAGACUCCUGUCAUUGGGACUCACAGAUAUUCAAGAGGGUCACAGGUGUUACCAUGGCGACACUGAGUGGUGUCGGCGGAGGUGGCAUGGGGCUGAUCCUGGUCGAGUUUGAGUACGAGUACAAGGGACGCGACGGCAGCCUGGUGACCAUCAGGCCCAACGAGCGCUACACGCUCCUGGCCAAGACCAAUGACCACUGGUGGCAUGUGCGCCACAACGAGCACUCCAAGCCCUUCUACAUCCCCGCCAAGUACGUGAAGGAGCUGCCCAACACCUUCCGCUCCCCGCUGGACUUUGCCCCCGCCUCGCCCCCCAGCCCCGAGUGCAAGCAGGCACCCCCCCUGGACCUGGCCGAGGAGAAGAGGGGGGGUGACGAGGUGACCAUCCGCCUGCGCUCGCCCAACAACUACCGCAAGACGGAGAACCGCAUGUCCACGUUUGGCGUCCCGCUGGAGAUCCUCGACCCGCCUACUGGGUUCAAGCGAGGAGGUCACACAGAAUCGGCCCUUUCCAUGCACAGUGGGAUGGGAGGAGGAGGAGGAGGAGGAGGAGGAGGUCUCAUUCAGGAGCUUCCCUCUUCAUCAUCCUCCUCUGCCUCAUCUCAGAAGAAGAGGCUUAGUUUGGCCUCUAACAUUCUGUUCAGUGGAUCGCGAGGGUCCAGUACAGCUCCCGCCGCCCCGGCUGUGCCUGUCGUUCCGUCACUGGAGGACCUAUCCCAUAAGCCCCGGGCGCCCAGCUUCAGUCCGGCUGACCCUCUCCAUCGGCCUGUCAAGGGGAAGCCUGUGGAUCUUCCCUUCAUCAAAGUCGUCAACAGCGAACCCCCGUUACGGGAGGAGUCACCGGAACCGGCAUCGCCCCUGGAGCCGGACUCGGAGUCCGCCUCAAGCAUGGAACUGGACCGUUCGCCGGACUCGGAGAACAUCUACGAGUCUAUAAUGGACUUGAACCUGGACAGGUUGCCCGAGACUGAGACAGCGCCGGCGCUGAUCCCUGCUCCUGCUGUGCCAGAGUCUUCCUCCUCGCACACCUGCCACGUCCCCCCCGUACCUCCACACACAAAGGCAGGGAAUGAGAACCCCCCCACGGCCGUGUACGCCAACGUGACGAAGACCACACCUUGCGCUCCACCUUCAGCCUCUUCCUCUUCCCCUUCACCCGGUGCCCCACAGCACCCCCUGUUGUCUGUGGAGGGAUGGCAGGUGCACACUGAUAAAGACAGCGGCAACGACUUCUACUACCAGCCCUCCACGGGCCAGAGUACGUGGGAGGAUCCCCGCAGCCCUCUCCUAGGGCCAGGCAUGGAUUCGCUGGCCUCGCCCCUCUCAGCCGCCUCCUCCACCUCUUCCAGGGGUUCGGACUGGGAGCAAAUCCUGGACGAGGCCUCUGGCCGGCAUUACUACCACAAUCCCACCUCCGGGCAGACGGCUUGGGUAGCCCCCGGGGCUGUCUCCCCUGCCUCACCUGUCUCCCCUGCCUCACCUGCCUCGCCGCUUGGGGAGAGCCAGAGUUUGCAAGGACAGCACAGCGAUGGGCCGCCCCCCCUCCCUGAGGAAGACUACCCCACUGAUGAGCAGGAGGAGCCCCAACCUCCCCCGGUCUAUGGCAGGGAUGUGUCCGUCCCCCCUAUCAAACGCCCGGUCAUCCCCAGACCCAUCCUGGAGACCAGCAUCCCUGCAGGCUGGGCCCGCACCCACCAGCAGGACGGCAAGAUUGUCUUCUCCAGCGACCGUACGCAAGAGCAGUGGAUCCAAUCCAAGGAUGAGAAAGGGAAAACCUACUACUACCGGAGAGAUGGGUCAAAGUCACAGUGGACCCUUCCUGAGUUCCCUCCACAGCUGUCAGCUCCCCCCAGCCAGCCUCCCAUGGGCAAUGGAGUGGACCAGGAGGGACCAGCGGUCCUGAAGAACUGGAGGCACACCAUGGGCCCGAACCAGCUGCCCGCACCUGCAGAGGACACGAGGUUCUUUCCAUCCCACCGGAGACACGUUUCUGACCACACCAGCGAUGCCCCCAGCUCAGGAAACUCUCCAGAGACGCCUCAUCGUGGCCACCUGCUGGAGAAAGCGGGAAUUCUCAACAAAACCAAAGUGGUCGACAACGGAAAGAAACUCAGGAAGAACUGGUCUCAGUCCUGGACGGUUCUUCAUGGUGGCAUCCUAACAUUCCACAAAGAUCCCAAAUCAGCCCCAUCGGGACCUUCUAGCAAAACAAGCCAGAUCAUCCCUGAGUACACUGUUGAACUGAGAGGGGCUUCUCUCACCUGGGCAUCUAGAGACAAAUCCAGCAAGAAGAACGUUCUGGAGAUGAAGACUCGUAACGGGUCGGAGUACCUCAUUCAGUAUGACACUGACAGCAUCAUCACUGACUGGCACAAGAUCAUUGCGGACGCCAUCAAACAGCUGGAACAAGAUCACUUCUCAGAGGAGGAGGAGGAGGAUGAUUUAGAGAAUGACAAAGACAGAAAGAGAUCUCUUCGGACCGGCUCCAGCGGGGAUUCGGACCAGGGCCGGGUCAAAACCAAGCUGCGGAAGUUCCUCCAGAGACGACCCACUCUGCAGUCAGUCAAGGAGAAGGGCUACAUCAAGGAUGCUGUGUUCGGCUGUCACCUGGAUAUACUGUGCCACAGGGAGAACACAACAGUCCCGCGGUUUGUGGAUAAGUGCAUCAGGGCGGUGGAGAGGAGAGGUCUUGAUGUCGACGGGAUCUACAGGGUCAGUGGCAACCUCGCCGUCAUUCAGAGACUGCGGCACAGAGCAGACCACGAUGAGAAUCUGGAUCUGGAGGACGGGCAGUAUGAGGAGAUCCACGUCAUCACCGGAGCACUGAAGCUCUUCCUCAGAGAGCUGCCUGAACCCCUCUUCCCUUACAGCUUCUUCGAAAAGUUCAUUGCUGCCAUCAAAAUCAGUGACUAUAGUCAGAAGGUCUCUUACAUGCAGGACCUGGUGCGCUCUCUUCCUCUACCCAACCACAACACCAUGGAGGUCCUCUUCAAACACCUGCUCAGAGUUAUAGAAAAUGGUGAGGCAAACCGAAUGUCAGUCCAGAGCACAGCCAUUGUGUUUGGCCCCACGUUGCUGCGGCCCCAAACGGAGACGGGCAACAUCACUGUGAACAUGGUCUUCCAGAACCAGAUCGUGGAGCUCAUCCUUAAUGAGUUUGAGGAGGUGUUCAAGCCCAGAUGAGGCCUAGGUGAUUUUCCCCCCUCUGGUUCACCACUAGCAAAUACCCUCAUGAGACUCACUGAAAGCCCUCCCUAGUCUUCUGCUGCCUACUACUGCUGUCGCUCUCUCUCUCUCUCUCUCUCUCUGUCUGUAUAUCUAUCCAUCUACCUCUCCUUCUGUCUGUCUCUCUCUCUCUCUCUCUCUCUCUCUCUGUGUCCCUUUCUCUCGUAAGAACAGUGUGCCAUAGAGAGAAAAGAGGAAAGAGGACAAACUGACUGACUGUGGGCCUCAGGCAUGACACAGAGUUGGGGUGGACGUAAACUGUGACGAAGGACCCUGGCGUGUGGGAAGAAAAGUGCCUCCCUGGGAGAAAGCUGACUCUGCUGGACCUACAUGACGCCUUAAUGUGUUGCGUGUGUGUCUUUUUUUAUGUGACACGAAUCCUCCUCUACCACUUUUAGCCCUUUUGUGGACUCCUGUGACUGUGGUGUCAGAGAUGUGGUUGGUAAUGUACAUCUGGAUGGCAGCUGACUGUUCAGCCCUGAUCUGACCUGGAGUUGGUUGCUCUCUGGACAUGUUGGUACUGCAGAUGUAAAAACUAAAAAAAACUGUCAAGACCGAGGUUUUUCCACCUGCUCCCUGCAGGAAAGCUAGUCAUUGUAAUGUCAUCAUCCUUCCCUUUUGUGCUAUGAGUGAGUUGACUCAGUGCAGCAAUGGGAAUGUACUGCGCAGUGUGGGUAUGGCUGCAUGGAUCACUUAGCCAAAAUACAACAAGUAUUGGUUUCAUGUCAAAAGGGAUAGCGCUGCUCACUUUGUCCCUGCAGGUGUCCAGAUUUGCCACAAUACUGUAUUCGGCAGAAAAAGGUCUUAACCUGUAUAGCCUAUAGAGCUGUAGAGCAAAACAGAAAAAAAAACAUUCCACUGCCUUAACAUUUGUAUGUUUGAUUGUUUUGUUUUAUUGUGAAAGGGAAUGGGAAUUCUUUACUGAAAUUUUUUAGAAAAGUGGUGGUGAAAUCAAUAAAUAAAGCAAUAUUAUAAUUGUAACUGCAAGCUAUGGGCUGUAAGAUAUGGAGACAUCUAAUAUAUGACUGUAACUGUACAGGCUGGCUGGUAUGUCAGUGAUGGUGUUUAUAUACAAAGCAGUAUAAAAUCAGAACAAACUGGCAAAAGAGGAUUUGUUUAAAAAUAGUUUAACUGUGUACAUAAAAACUGGAAAUACGUUAUCAGUGAAGGUUCUUUAAAUAAAGGAACUUAAUUUGUAUAA